AUGCACACUUCCACCAAGAAGCCCUGGAUCGAAACUCCACUAAUUGAAUCGGCCACCCUCUCCAAGCAAGCAGGAUGCCACGUAUUCCUCAAACUAGAGCUUCUCCAACCCUCCGGCUCCUUCAAAUCCCGAGGAAUCGGCAACCUAAUCCUCUCUGAACUCAAAAACAAUGCCAACAAGGCCAAGAGCGUACAUUUCUAUAGCUCGUCCGGCGGCAACGCCGGUCUAGCCGCCGUCCACGCAGCCCGCGAUCUAGGCUGCGCUUGCACCGUGAUCGUCCCGCACAGCACGAAGCCGCUAAUGAUAGCCAAGCUCCGGGAUGCCGGGGCGACAGAGGUGAUUCAGCACGGGGAGAGCUGGUUUGACGCUGAUUCGUAUUUGCGACGGGAGUUUAUUGAGAAUCAAGCCCAGGCCCAGGUCCAGAGUGCGGCUGGUUCUAGGGCUGGGGCUGGUUUGGCGGAGAGUGUGAAUGUGUAUGUUCCCCCGUUCGAUCACCCGUUGAUUUGGGAGGGUGCUGGGGGUAUGAUUGGUGAGAUGGCGAGGCAAUUGCCUCCUAGAGAGGAUGGUGAGCAGAGCGGGUUUCCGGCGGAUGUGGUUGUGUGCAGUGUUGGGGGUGGUGGGUUGUUUAAUGGGAUGAUUGAUGGGUUGGAGAAGUACAUCAAGUCUUCUUCUUCUUCGUCGACUUCCACUACAGAUACCUCUCCAGCAAAGAACGUGCGUGUUCUCGCGGUGGAAACCCGCGGCGCAGACUCCUUGGCGCAUGCGCUUCGGCAAGGCAAACUUUCUUCUCUAUCUGCCAUCGAGUCCCGGGCUACUUCGCUAGGCGCAUUGUGCGUCGCGGAAAAGACUCUCGCAAAUGCUGUAUCCCCACCGGCGGGCAUUGAAGUCACCAGCGUUGUGGGCUCAGACGCCGAGGCUGCGAGGGGUGUCGUGCGAUUGGCGGAUGAGACUCGGUUGCAGGUGGAGUUGGCGUGUGGUAUUAGCUUGGAGGUUGCGGUUGGCGAACGGUUGAAGGAAUUGAUUCCCGAUUUGAGGCCGGAGACGAAGGUGGUGGUUGUUGUUUGUGGGGGGAGUAAUAUCACGGCGGAGAUGAUUGCGGAGUAUAGAUUGAAGUUGCAGGAUGGGUGGGUUUGA